CACCUCACUGUCCAAAGUGAGGUGCUUAGACUCCCUUUCAUUCAGCUUUUGAUCCGGCAAGCUCUAAAAGGCGUUUUGUCCAGCUCUGACAAGCAGUCUUGUUGAGCUUCUCCCAGCUAGAAAUACUUCUUUCCGUGUUGUAUAACUGCCACACGCUUAUUUUGGGUGGAAAGUUGUUUGAGGAGGCUUGAUCUUAAAGCCAACUCGAGGAAGGGCAUUUGAGCUGCACUAAACCAUGGCUGCACUGUGUUUCAACUUAAGACUUUGGGUGAGUCAGUCUGUUUCCAUUCAGCUGUGGUUUCCCCAUGUAGAGGAAGGGGCUGCUAAUAGCUAAAGUCUCUUGGGAAGAUCUGGUAAGGCUUGAUCCAAUUUAUUGGGUUUUUCUGCAUAUUCAUAGCUGCAUUGUGACUUAAAAGCUGCUCAGCAAAGGCAUUUGUCAUUUCAGUGUUCCUCUUUAUUUCCCAAAGAUCAGCUUUCAGCCAUAACCCCUGUGUUUUGCUGUCACUGUGCUUACUGAGUCACCGUGGGAUUGGCUGGUUCUCCAUUCCUCUUUCCUAAGAUUCCUUGUGUUUCAGCAUCCUAUCUUUGAAUCUACAAUGAGAGUGAGGAGAGGGAAAUAUAUAAUAAAUAAACAAAAGCCCAAACCUCGUAAAGUUAUGCUUUUGGUUCCCUUCCCUUUCCUCAUCAUUCCAGGUACAAACUGGUUUGUAUGGAUAGACACACCACCAUUGGAUCUUCAGAGGCAUUUUACUGUGCCUGCUCUUUUUCCUGUUUCACAUAAUAAAUUAUGAUUUUAUUUUUCACAGAUUAUCCAAAGAACUUCUGCUGGAUCCGCAGCAAACCUUGGUCUUCAAAGUGUGGCAUAAAGCAGAAACAGAACGGGUGAUAGGAUUUGCAUCAGUGGACCUUUCUCCCCUUCUUUCUGGCUUCCAGCUGGUGUGUGGGUGGUACAACAUCACCGACUUCAGUGGGCAGUGCCGAGGACAGAUCAAAGUAGCAGUCUCUCCCCUUCAAAAUAUAAAUAAUCUCAAAGAAGAAAGGCAGGCAAGGAUCCGCACCCAGCCUCCAAGCUCUGCAGUGAAGGCCAUCUUUCCAGCACUUCCCAGUAAUGUUCCAAGCUUUUCCAAACCCGUGUUGCCAAAAGAAGUUGGUGUUCCUUCUCGAGAACAGCCUGUUCCUAGCAGAACUAGUCCCCCUAGGGCACACACACCUCGGCAUGAGGAGCACAUGCAGAACGUGCGCAGGUUUCACGAAUCCUUGCAGCAAGCAGAAGGAAACGCACAACGGGCAGCCAGGAUGGAUUCACUGUCAUUGUCAUCGCGUGCUUCUCUUCUGACUGCUCUCAGAAAAAACUUGAGUGAGCUGGAUGAAGUUCAAAGAUACUUCAGCCAGAAGCUGACCAGGUCUCUUCCUGACUUCAGUGAUGGUAACAGAUCCCAGCCAAGUCACGGAGAGCAGGAGGGUGAUCAUCAAGGCUUGAGGAGCAGAGAAAUGGAUCCCAACCGAUGCCAUCUUUUAAGAAAAUCGAGUCAGCUGGUGUCCCAGGUCAGCAGCCUCAUCAGUGACUUGCAGACUAUCACGAACAAUACUAAAGACUCUUCUAACGUGGAUCAAGACAGCAGCAGAAAGCUGGGUGCUUCUCAUGUACUCAACCAAAAGGACGGAGAUGACAGAAGUGAUGUGUAUCAAGGCCAGCUGGGCUUGGACUCACGUGGUGUCAGCAGUGAUACGCAGCAGCCGUGCUCCUUUGGGAGGUCUGUGCUUGGCAGACGUGUGCUGCAGGAACUGCUCGACCAAGCUGUCCCUGAAGGGGAGCAUCCAGCAGACUGCAUCCAGGGAGAUGGAGGUGCUUUUGCCCAUCAGCCACACAGUGAAGAAGAGUACGAAGAAGAAGACAUUAUAGAACCACGAACUCUUAAUGAAAUAACAACGCUGACUGACAGAACCAGUCCUUGGUCCAGUGUGCUCUCAGUAGAGCUGGGAGCUGACCAGCAGCCUGCAGACUUGCAGCCUGAAGGUCAGCACUCGAUGGACAUAGAUUGUUUGAGGAAAGGGAACAGCCGACGGAGCAGCACCUUGUCCAGCACACCACGAGGUGACAACAGAAGCAUGCUCACCUCUCUUAGUUCAUGCAUUAGCCCCCACACAUUGCAGAGCAGUCCUUGGGCAGGAGCAGAAGGCUUUAAGAGCUUGAGUAACAGCACAGAAACAGCUGACAAGGAGCUGGUUCAGCCUGCUUGUUUGUCAGAAUUGCAUCAGACAGUCGGUGGCCUCGUAGAAAAUGGAAAUUACAGUUGGGACAGAACACUUAACACUAAGCAAGUAGAGCAGCACACAGAGUUUCACACAGCCUCCAAGGAACUACUGGAACUUCCAGGAGGCAUUAGUCUGACUGCUCCAAAAGCUGCAGUGAGAGAGGAGGAAAGAAGUGAAGUUUUAAAUGAAGAUCAUCAAGAUGAGGAAAAAAGUGGUUCUGAUGAAGUCUGUGCCAAGAGUGUUUCUGCCCAAGCAGGCUUGGAAGGGCACAGUGGCAGCUUCUCUGAGGGCAGCGACGAAGAUCCACUGGAAGAGUCAGGAAAGUCUGAGAAACCAAAAAUGGUUCUAUCUGAACCCGCUGUUGUUCCCAACUUCUUCCUCCCACCCCAGCAGAUGGAAGCCUCCAUGAGAAUGCUCAGCAGUUCUUCCCACCCUCCCACAAGCUGAGGUUGUGGCAGUUUCCAAACCACGGUAAGUCUUUCUGACUUCUCUCAGGGAGGAUAGAUGUCAGCAUCAGUGGCUGUGUUAGUGACACUUGUGCCUCUAUGUUGCAAGAGGUGACGUGGUUUUUUGAGGUCUAAGCAUGAUUCUUUUGCAGCCACAGCAGGGCUGUUGAUGUGGAUCUCAGUCCUGUGCCAGCUGGGCUACUUAUUUACCUCUUGCGGGAAAGAUAUUCAUUUCCCUCACUGUGACCUAUGGAACAAAUGCUGUGAGGAACAUUUGUAUAAUCACAAACAGCUUGCUUGAUUAAAGAGAACAAAGUUAGGCAGGAUAUAAUAGCUCUGAAGUCAUGGAAGCUGCUUGCAGUUACAGCCCAGGUAAAAUGCAUGAAUUUUUGCAGUUUUGCGUUGUUAAGUCCUAUGUAAAUGAGAUGAGUAUUUUUUAAUAUCUUUUUCUAAAGCCCUUGACUUGUUCCUGAUGGAAAUAAGAAGCUCUAUCAGAGCAUGCUUCCAGUAUUCCUGGAUUUGACCUGACUGAUACUCAGCCUGCAGUGUGUUUCAGUGCUCACUGAGCACGCAUCUCAUGCUACAUCCAAAUAUCUCAGAUGAAAUCCAAAGCAGAAUCUCAGAUGUGUUUCUUCUUUGGAGUUCUCUGUGUUCCCUUCUAUCCAUACCCACUUGUGCUGUAUCUCACUGCCAUGCCCGCCUUCCAAGUUUUGCUUUCUCUGAAGAGUUUCUGCUUCUUCCUGGGAGCACUUCAUCCUUCAGCGCACUUCCAAAACAUCCCUCAGGCCCGUGGUUCAGUGUUAAUUCUAUUUUUACUUGAAUUCCUCUGUGCAGCGCUAAGCUGAGCGGCUAGAAACACACCCCUGAAAGGGAUUAAUGACUGGGGAGAGUAUUAUCAAAGCCCUAUUUGGAUAUAGCUGAGAUUAAACCUCUUGAAUUCUGUGGUUGACCACAGCCAAUCCUUUGCAGCAGCACUUGGAAGCGUCUGUUGAGAGAGGACCCAGCCCUGUGUUACGCAGCCACCAUGAGAACAGGAUGUUUUCUGCUCAUGUCAGUGGCACACCGCAGUGCAGGAAAACUGCCCUCUCAUAUUUAUGUUCAGAGCACAAAGAACAUCGCUUUCUAAAUCAGGGUUCCUUUGGUUUCCGCACAGCUCAGCAAACGCCACGCGUGGCAGCGGGGCCGAAAUGUGAGCUGCUCCCAUCUGCAGGUCAGCAAUGUCCCGCCACUCACAUGGCACUUGGCAAAGCUCCCUGCUGGCCUCGGUGUGAUCCUGACACCUCCUGCUGCCUGGCUCCCUGCUUUCCCUCUUUUUUACACAAAAUGAAGAAGCAGUGCUGAGGAGGCAAAGCGGGCCGGCGUGCCAAAAGAGGUGGCAGAGUUUUGAGACAGAAAAGGGUUUUCUUGUGCAUCUGGGGCAGCUCAUGGACCUGAGUUCUGCUGAGCCUCACAAAAUGUGAAUGUUUCUAGACUAUUUUUUCUCCACAUCUCAACCCCUUGUACCUGAGGUCUUUCCUCAGUGUGGCCUUCCAGU